CACAGCGUGCUGGGGGCAAACUACAAUGACUGACACAACAACAGUAGAAACUACACUGGCAGAUACAACAACUCAAGAAACAACACAAGCAACUACAACAGCUGAUAGAACAACUGAAGACGGAUCUACACCACCUGUCACAACAACUGAAAAAUCUACGACAGCUGAUACAACAACACAAGAAACUACACCAGCUGAUACAACAACUGUUGAAACUACAACGGCUGAUACAACAAUAGUAGAAACUACACCAGCUGAUACAACAACUGAAGAAACUACAACGGCUGAUACAAAAGUAGUAGAAACUACAACAGUCGAUACAACAACUGAAGAAACUACGACAUCUGAUACAACAACUGAAGAAGCUACGACAUCUGAUGCAACAACUGUAGACACUACGUUAGCUGACACAACAACUGAAGAAACUAUACCGGCUGAUACCACAACACAAGAAACUACACCAGCUGAUACAACAGCGGCUAAUCCAACAAUAGUAGAAACUACACCAGUCGAUACAACAACUAAAGAAACUACGACAUCUGAUGCAACAACUGUAGAAACUACGUCAGCUGACACAACAAAUGAAGAAACUACACCGGCUGAUACAACAACACAAUCUGAUGCAACAACUGUAGACACUAAAGAAGCUUACACAACGACUGAAGAAACAACUUUAGCUGAUACAACAACUGUAGACAAUACACCAGCUGAUGCAAUAACUGAAGAAACUAACCAAGCCGAUACAACUGAACAAACUACAAAAUCUGAUGCAACAAAUGUAGACACUACAUCAGCUGACACAAUAACUGAAGAAACUACACCGGCUGAUACAACAGCACAAGAAACUACACUAGCUGAUACAACAAGUGAAGAAACUACACAAGCCGAAACAACACAAGAAACUUCACCAGCUGAUACAACAAGUGAAGAAACUACACAAGCCGAUACAACACAAGAAACUACACCAGCUGAUACAACAACUGAAGAAACUACUCAAGCCGAUACAACACAAGAAACUACACCAGCUGAUACACCAACUGAAGAAACUACGACAUCUGAUGCAACAACUGUAGACACUACAGAAGCUUACACAACGACUGAAGAAACAACUUUAGCUGAUACAACAACUGUAGACACUACACCAGCUGAUACAACAACUGUUGAAACUACAACGGCUGUUACAACAAUAGUAGAAACUACACCAGCUGAUACAACAACUGAAGAAACUACAACGGCUGAUACAAAAAUAGUAGAAACUACAACAGUCGAUACAACAACUGAAGAAACUACGACAUCUGAUACAACAACUGAAGAAGCUACGACAUCUGAUGCAACAACUGUAGACACUACGUUAGCUGACACAACAACUGAAGAAACUAUACCGGCUGAUACCACAACACAAGAAACUACACAGGCUGAUACAACAGCGGCUAAUCCAACAAUAGUAGAAACUACACCAGUCGAUACAACAACUAAAGAAACUACGACAUCUGAUGCAACAACUGUAGAAACUACGUCAGCUGACACAACAAAUGAAGAAACUACACCGGCUGAUACAACAACACAAGAAACUACACCAGCUGAUACAACAACUGUUGAAACUACAUCAGCUGACACAACAACUGAAAAAACUACACCGGCUGAUACAACAGCACAAAAAACUACACCAGCUGAUACAACAAGUGAAGAAACUUCACAAGCCGAUACAACACAAGAAACUACACCAGCUGAUACAACAACUGAAGAAACUACACAAGCCGAUACAACACAAGAAACUACACCAGCUGAUACAACAACUGAAGAAACUACGACAUCUGAUGCAACAACUGUAGACACUACAGAAGCUUACACAACGACUGAAGAAACAACUUUAGCUGAUACAACAACUGUAGACAAUACACCAGCUGAUGCAAUAACUGAAGAAACUAACCAAGCCGAUACAACUGAACAAACUACAAAAUCUGAUGCAACAAAUGUAGACACUACAUCAGCUGACACAACAACUGAAGAAACUACACCGGCUGAUACAACAGCACAAGAAACUACACUAGCUGAUACAACAAGUAAAGAAACUACACAAGCCGAUACAACACAAGAAACUUUACCAGCUGAUACAACAAGUGAAGAAACUACACAAGCCGAUACAACACAAGAAACUACACCAGCUGAUACAACAACUGAAGAAACUACAAAAGCCGAUACAACACAAGAAACUACACCAGCUGAUACAACAACUGAAGAAACUACGACAUCUGAUGCAACAACUGUAGACACUACAGAAGCUUACACAACGACUGAAGAAACAACUUUAGCUGAUACAACAACUGUAGACAAUACACCAGCUGAUGCAAUAACUGAAGAAACUAACCAAGCCGAUACAACUGAACAAACUACAAAAUCUGAUGCAACAAAUGUAGACACUACAUCAGCUGACACAACAACUGAAGAAACUACACCGGCUGAUACAACAGCACAAGAAACUACACUAGCUGAUACAACAAGUGAAGAAACUACACAAGCCGAAACAACACAAGAAACUUCACCAGCUGAUACAACAAGUGAAGAAACUACACAAGCCGAUACAACACAAGAAACUACACCAGCUGAUACAACAACUGAAGAAACUACUCAAGCCGAUACAACACAAGAAACUACACCAGCUGAUACACCAACUGAAGAAACUACGACAUCUGAUGCAACAACUGUAGACACUACAGAAGCUUACACAACGAUUGAAGAAACAACUUUAGCUGAUACAACAACUGUAGACACUAAACUACAAACUACACCGGCUGAUACAACAGCACAAAAAACUACACCAGCUGAUACAACAAGUGAAGAAACUUCACAAGCCGAUACAACACAAGAAACUACACCAGCUGAUACAACAACUGAAGAAACUACGACAUCUGAUGCAACAACUGUAGACACUACAGAAGCUUACACAACGACUGAAGAAACAACUUUAGCUGAUACAACAACUGUAGACAAUACACCAGCUGAUGCAAUAACUGAAGAAACUAACCAAGCCGAUACAACUGAACAAACUACAAAAUCUGAUGCAACAAAUGUAGACACUACAUCAGCUGACACAACAACUGAAGAAACUACACCGGCUGAUACAACAGCACAAGAAACUACACUAGCUGAUACAACAAGUAAAGAAACUACACAAGCCGAUACAACACAAGAAACUUUACCAGCUGAUACAACAACUGAUACAACAACUAAAGAAACUACAAAAGCCGAUACAACACAAGAAACUACACCAGCUGAUACAACAACUGAAGAAACUACGACAUCUGAUGCAACAACUGUAGACACUACAGAAGCUUACACAACGACUGAAGAAACAACUUUAGCUGAUACAACAACUGUAGACAAUACACCAGCUGAUACAAUAACUGAAGAAACUAACCAAGCCGAUACAACUGAACAAACUACAAAAUCUGAUGCAACAAAUGUAGACACUACAUCAGCUGACACAACAACUGAAGAAACUACACCGGCUGAUACAACAGCACAAGAAACUACACUAGCUGAUACAACAAGUGAAGAAACUACACAAGCCGAAACAACACAAGAAACUUCACCAGGUGAUACAACAAGUGAAGAAACUACACAAGCCGAUACAACACAAGAAAAUACACCAGCUGAUACAACAACUGAAGAAACUACUCAAGCCGAUACAACACAAGAAACUACACCAGCUGAUACACCAACUGAAGAAACUACGACAUCUGAUGCAACAACUGUAGACACUACAGAAGCUUACACAACGACUGAAGAAACAACUUUAGCUGAUACAACAACUGUAGACACUACACCAUCUGAUACAACAACUGAAGAAACUACACUAGCCGAUACAAUUGAAGAAACCACGACAUCUGAUGCAACAACUGUAGAAACUCCGUCAGCUGACACAACAAAUGAAGAAACUACACCGGCUGAUACAACAAUUGUUGAAACUACAACGGCUGAUACAACAAUAGUAGAAACUACACCGGCUGAUACGACAACUGUUGAAGCUGCAACGACUGACACAACAAUAGUAGAAACUACACCAGUCGAUAAAACAACUGAAGAAACGACGAAAUCCGAUGCAACAACUGAAGAAACUACAGAAGCUUACAAAACGACUGAAGAAACAACUUUUGCUGAUACAACAACUACACAAGAAACUACACCAGCUGAUACAACAACUGAAGAAACUACACAAGCCGAUACAACACAAGGAACUAAACCAGUCGAUACAACAACUGAAGAAACUACGACAUCGGAUGCAACAACUGUAGACACUAUGUCAUCUGACACAACAAAUGAAGAAACUACACCGGCUGAUACAACAACACAAGAAACUACGCCGGCUGAUACAACAUUUGUUGAAACUACAACGGCUGAUACAACAAUAGUAGAAACUACACCAGUCGAUACAGCAACUGAAGAAACUACGACAUCGGAUGCAACAACUGUAGACACUACGUCAUCUGACACAACAAAUGAAGAAACUACACCGGCUGAUACAACACCACAAGAAACUACGCCGGCUGAUACAACAUUUGUUGAAACUACAACGGCUGAUACAACAAUAUCUGAUGCAACAACUGUAGACACUACGUCAGCUGAUACAACAACUGAAGAAACUACACAAGCCGAUACAACUGAGGAAACUACGACAUCUGAUGCAACAACUGUAGACACUACAUCAGCUGACACAACAACUGAAGAAACUACACCGGCUGAUACAACAACAGAAGAAACUACACCGGUUGAUACAACAAUAGUAGAAACACUACAAACUACAACGGCUGAUACAUCAAUUGUAGAAACUACACCGGCUGAUACAACAACACAAGAAACUACACCAGCUGAUGCAACAACUGUUGUCGCUACAACGGCUGAUACAACAAUAGUAACAAUAACUGAAGAAACUACAACAUCGGAUGCAACAACUGUAGACACUACGUCAUCUGACGCAACAAAUGAAGAAACUACACCGGCUGAUACAACAACACAAGAAACUACGCCGGCUGAUACAACAUUUGUUGAAACUACAACGGCUGAUACAACAAUAGUAGAAACUACACCAGUCGAUACAGCAACUGAAGAAACUAAGACAUCUGAUGCAACAACUGAAGAAACUAUGACAUCUGAUGCAACAACUGUAGACACUACGUCAGCUGAUACAACAACUGAAGAAACUAUACAAGCCGAUACAACUGAAGAAACUACGACAUCUGAUGCAACAACUGUAGACACUACAUCAGCUGACACAACAACUGAAAAAACUACACCGGCUGAUACAACAACAGAAGAAACUACACCGGUUGACACAACAAUAGUAGAAACUACACCAGCUGAUGCAACAACUGUUGAAGCUACAACGGCUGAUACAUCAAUAGUAGAAACUACACCGGCUGAUACAACAACACAAGAAACUACACCAGCUGAUGCAACAACUGUUGUCGCUACAACGGCUGAUACAAUAUUAGAAACUACACCAGCUGAUACAACAACUGUAGAAACUACACCGGCUGUUACAACAACACAAGAAACUACAACACUACAAACUACACCGGCUGAUACAACAACACAAGAAACUACACCAGCUGAUGCAACAACUGUUGUCGCUACAACGGCUGAUACAACAAUAGUAACAAUAACUGAAGAAACUACAACAUCGGAUGCAACAACUGUAGACACUACGUCAUCUGACGCAACAAAUGAAGAAACUACACCGGCUGAUACAACAACACAAGAAACUACGCCGGCUGAUACAACAUUUGUUGAAACUACAACGGCUGAUACAACAAUAGUAGAAACUACACCAGUCGAUACAGCAACUGAAGAAACUAAGACAUCUGAUGCAACAACUGAAAAAACUAUGACAUCUGAUGCAACAACUGUAGACACUACGUCAGCUGAUACAACAACUGAAGAAACUAUACAAGCCGAUACAACUGAAGAAACUACGACAUCUGAUGCAACAACUACACUACAAACUACAACGGCUGAUACAUCAAUUGUAGAAACUACACCGGCUGAUACAACAACACAAGAAACUACACCAGCUGAUGCAACAACUGUUGUCGCUACAACGGCUGAUACAACAAUAGUAACAAUAACUGAAGAAACUACAACAUCGGAUGCAACAACUGUAGACACUACGUCAUCUGACGCAACAAAUGAAGAAACUACACCGGCUGAUACAACAACACAAGAAACUACGCCGGCUGAUACAACAUUUGUUGAAACUACAACGGCUGAUACAACAAUAGUAGAAACUACACCAGUCGAUACAGCAACUGAAGAAACUAAGACAUCUGAUGCAACAACUGAAGAAACUAUGACAUCUGAUGCAACAACUGUAGACACUACGUCAGCUGAUACAACAACUGAAGAAACUAUACAAGCCGAUACAACUGAAGAAACUACGACAUCUGAUGCAACAACUGUAGACACUACAUCAGCUGACACAACAACUGAAAAAACUACACCGGCUGAUACAACAACAGAAGAAACUACACCGGUUGAUACAACAAUAGUAGAAACUACACCAGCUGAUGCAACAACUGUUGAAGCUACAACGGCUGAUACAACAAUAGUAGAAACUACACCGGCUGAUACAACAACACAAGAAACUACACCAGCUGAUACAACAACUGUUGAAGCUAUAAUGGCUGAUACAACAAUAGUAGAAACUACACCAGCUGAUACAACAACUGAAGAAACUACAACGGCUGAUACAACAAUAGUAGAAACUACACUUCUGUGUGAUAACGGGACCCUUUCUGCACCUGUUCCUGUCUGUUAUGAUAAUGAUGUAUGUGACUUGGGAAUCGAUGACUGUGACAUCAAUGCACGUUGUGUAAACAGCAUUGGAAGCUUCAUGUGUGAGUGCAAUGAUGGAUAUCAAGGCAGCGGAACCAUCUGUUCUGAUAAUGAUGAAUGUGAUUUGGGGAUCGAUGACUGUGACGUCAAUGCACGUUGUGUAAACAGCAUUGGAAGCUUUACGUGUGUGUGCAAUGAUGGAUACCAAGGCAGCGGAACAAUAUGUUUUGAUAUCAACGAAUGUACAACGGGCAUCGAUGGCUGUGAUGUAAACGCCCGGUGUGUGAACAUUAUAGGAAGUUAUACCUGUGAAUGCCAAGCUGGAUAUGAUGGCGAUGGAUUUUCGGUGUUUGCAAUGAGCGUAUUUACAUCGAUUAUGGCUCCGGGCCUGACCGGUCACUAG